AUGGUCGUUUACUCUGUUUUUCAUUGUCAACCUCUCUGCUCAAUAAUACCUGAAUUUGUUCAAUCAUAUGAUUGCUUCGGUGGUAUGCAAGUCUUAUCUGACCUUCGUUGUUCAUCACUUAUGCGUUCUAUUGUAUCGUUCGAACUUGAAGAUGACUAUAUAUUACCAUACUUAUUUAAUUCUGAUGGAGUGUUUUUCCCACAAUCAAUUCAACUGACUCAUAUCCGAAUAACAUUACGUGAAUUUGACCUUUGUGUUUAUUUACUAAGUCAAUUGGGUUCACAACUCUGUUCAUUGACUAUUAGCAUUUUUUGUGUUUAUGUACACAAAGUUGAUAUCUCUCAAAUAGUAUCUAUUUCAUGUCCGCAUUUAAAACAAUUGACAAUGAAAGUCUAUCGAAAUAUUCAUAACUAUAAAGAAUGUAUUGUUCCUCUUCUACAACGUUUGUCAAAUAUUGAAUAUUUAACAUUAUUAUUAGCUAUUAAUGGAAGAAGAAGUAGACUUGAUCAUUUUGUUGAUGGAUUUGAUUUGGAGAAAGAUAUUGUUUCAUACAUGCCUCAUUUACAUCAAUUUAAUUUUCACAUUCGUUCAAUAUUUCAAAACGCUAUUCAUGUAGAAAUUGAUACAAUACAUCAAAGUUUUCUGAAAUAUCAACAAGAAUCUGUUGGUUGUACAGUUGACUAUUUCAAUAAUAAUUAUGGACAAUGUCAAAUCUAUUCGCUUCCAUUUAUUGGCAAUCGUCUUGAUUUUAUUUCAAAUCGAUUUCCACUCUUCGAUAUUAAUAAUACAUUCUCAAUGGUUACUAUGUUAUUACUUUUUGAUGAUGUCAAACCGUUCAAAAAUCUUUUCUUUGCACGUAUCGCUCGAGAUCUACCUUAUCUUAAAACACUCGAAAUGUUCAAUGAACUUGAACAACAAGAGAAAACAACAUUGACAACAAAUAAUCUUGAGUUUACUCAUUUAUCUACACUAAUUCUAUUUUACAUUCAUAUGGAUUAUGCUGAACAAUUUCUUUAUCGAAGUUAUCUUCCUCAUCUAAUUGAAUUGGCUAUUCACAAGGAUAUAUUGUUAACAAUAAUUAGUCAAGAUCAACAACAAGCAAGAGAUAAUUGUUCUAAUGUGGAAAAUUUAGUAAUUUCCGAGACACUCGAUGAUUCAAUAGAUACUGUUCGAAACUUUUUUCCACUAGCUUUUCAUUGA